AUGGCGAGACUCAACGAUGCCCCUGCUCCUCCUCCUGAAAGUAUUGAUGCGCUGAAACGGCGCUUCAUUCGGCAGAACCGCGAGAUAGCUCGUGUAAACUCGACCCAGUCCCAACGCAUCCGAAACCUCGAGACGGAAAUCUCUCGACUCGUUGCCGAGAACAUAUCUCUCCGCGAACAAGCGAUCGCCGCGCAGGCUGAGGCGGGCCGAUGGCGCAAUGCGAACAAUGUGAACCGGGAAAUUCUGGAUAUGAAAGACAGAAUGGAGAGGAAAGUCAACGAGCUGUCGCUGUUGAUUGCAGAGAUGGGACAGUUGCCCGAGAAGGCGGCGGAAAAGGGACGGAGGAAGAGUGGCAUGCGGGAUCCGAGAAACUCGACAGACCAGGGUUGGUUGAACAGGCAAUCGGUGCGAGAAGCAAUUGCCAGUGACAGGGAGCCAUAUGAUGGGAGACUCCCCGUCAUCCAAGAGGACAAGCUCUAUCCACGGCGAACACUGGAAACUGCGGAAGUCAUGGCCAUAAGGGAUGAAGAAGCUCUGCAGCAGGCUUCUGAGUCGCCCGAAUUGGGUCCGCCACCGGUGGCACAUUUCGACGUGGCCGAACCAAUUGCAUUCGGCUCCUCGGGCGCUGUUGACUACGACAAUAGUGAAGACUCGAUGCCGUUGCCUGCCGCAUCAGAGAAGAGACGGAAACGGCGCACGAGCUCUCUGCUACAAGAUAUGCCAACCGAACCAGUCUCGGAGCCAUCUUUGCCUGCUGAAGCCGGUCCCCAAUUACUCAAGUCAGGAGCGAAACGGAAGCUAGAUCUCACGGAGCUCGAGGAGCAGGUGCCUCUACCUCCCGGAGAGAACGACGACUUCGUCUUCCAACGGAGACAGGCGAUUUGGAACAACCCAGCUUCAAUCAAGAAAGCAUCCAGGUUUACAAGAGCACCAGGACGCGAGAACGAGAAACCGACCGAGACAGACGGCAGCUCGCCCCAGAAGUCGACAGGAGGGGCGAGGAAGAUUCUUGCUCCUAAGAGCACGAAUUCUCCGACGAAAAGAAGGGUUCAAGUCUCCGAGAAAUUUGGCAACCUCAAAGAUGAUCGAGAUGGGGAACAAAAACAGUCUGUGAAUGCAUCACCACGCAAACGGAGGGUUCAACCAGAGUUCGAAGUCCCCGGUAUUGUUCUAGAUGCCAACGAAGCAGUCGAGCCACACAGUCUGCCGCCAAAAACUCCAUCCGCACAGGAGGCCGACAUACUAUCCCCUAUCUCAACCGAGCCAUCAGCCAGGCCCACUCACCAUUCGCAAGAGGCUGCUGUUUUGAAUUCGGUGGAGGACGUCUUGAACGGUAGUAUUGGCAGAGGGUCCCGCCGCGCACGAGCUGCCGUCAGCUACGCCGAACCGAACCUGAGAGAUAAGAUGAGAAGGCCUGGUAAAGAAUUGGUGGGCGCCGUUGAGGGACUUGCAAAGAACAAAGACAAUCCUCCAUCUGCCCAUGCAAGGGGCUCAAGCAUUGACCGAGCGCCAUCAGAAGCGCUGAGCGGAAUCGACACGAAAGACGUGGUGAUCAAAGUCAAGCAGGAGAAGGAUACGAGUGAACAGCGGGAGAGGUGGAAUGAGCUCGCCAUGCCCGUUUCAAGUAAGAAAGAAGAGCCCACCAGUCCUUUGAGGGAUAAGGAGAGGAAAGAAAUUAGGCGUGAUAAAGAGCACCCAAACAUCGAAGCAAACCCGCUAAAACAGAUCAACAGGAGACAGCGUUACAGCAAUGAACUGGAAAAGGCCGUGGAUCAAAUGAAGAUAUUCGAUCCUCCAACCGCUUCUCCCAUUGAAGAGCCCAAAAGUCCGAACGCCGCUAGAGACUACACGAAGACUGCAUCUGCAGCAACAUCAAAACGAAAAGUUUCUGGGAGUGCGAUCGGGAGAAGGCAUUCCACUCAGCCAACGUCAGCUUCUUCGCUCAAUUCUGCCGCUGGUGAUGACAAAAGGGCUUCGAGAACGUCGGAAUCAACGUCGAAUCUCAAAGGACAACUUCCACGACCCAGCUCAGCUACCAGCUUGCGGCAGCACCCUGUGAACGAUAUCGAAGACAAGCAUCUGAAGCGUUCACAAAGCGUCAGUUCUAAGUUGAGAGCAACGCGCGCCGAGACGGAUGAGCCUGAUUCGGCCAGGAGUGUCAGUUCCAGUGCUAGAAAUGAGAGGAUCACAAAUCGGCGGCAGAGUAUGAUGGUUUAA